AUGCUGGAUUGCAGAGCAGUAAUACUGCUAUGGCUGUUGCCCUGGGUCACUCAGGGCCUGGCUGUGCCUAGGAGUAGCAGUCCUGACUGGGCUCAGUGCCAGCAGCUCUCUCGGAAUCUCUGCACGCUAGCCUGGAACGCACAUGCACCAGCGGGACAUAUGGAUCUACUACGAGAAGAAGAGGAUGAAGAGACUGAAAAUAAUGUGCCCCGUAUCCAGUGUGGAGACGGUUGUGACCCACAAGGACUCAAGGACAACAGCCAGUUCUGCUUGCAAAGGAUCCGCCAAGGUCUGGCUUUUUAUAAGCACCUGCUUGACUCAGACAUCUUCAAAGGGGAGCCUGCUCUACUCCCUGAUAGCCCCGUGGAGCAACUUCACACCUCCCUACUAGGACUCAGCCAACUCCUCCAGCCAGAGGAUCACCCCCGGGAGACCCAACAGAUGCCCGGCCCGAGUUCUAGUCAGCAGUGGCAGCGCCCCCUUCUCCGUUCCAAGAUCCUUCGAAGCCUCCAGGCCUUUUUGGCCAUAGCUGCCCGGGUCUUUGCCCACGGAGCAGCAACUCUGACUGAGCCCUUAGUGCCAACAGCUUAAGGAUGCCCAGGUUCCCAUGGCUACCAUGAUAAGACUAAUCUAUCAGCCCAGACAUCUACCAGCUAAUUAACCCAUUAGGACUUGUGCUGUUCUUGUUUUGUUUGUUUUGUGUGAAGGGCAAGGACACCAUUAUUAAAGAGAAAAGAAACAAACCCCAGAGCAGGCAGCUGGCUAGAGAAAGGAGCUGGAGAAGAAGAAUAACGUUGAGCCCUUGGCCUUGGAAGCCGGCAAACAGCUGCGUGGCCAGAGGGGAAGGAGGCGGUGGCAUCCAGAAACUGAGAAAACCCAGAGCAUCAGAAAAAGUGAGCCCAGGCUUUGGCCAGUAUCUGUAAGAAAAACAAGAAAAGGGGAACAUUAUACUUUCCUGGGUGGCUCAGGGAAAGGUGCAGAUGCAUAGUACUCCAGACAGCAGCUCUGUAACUGCCUGCUCCAUCCCUCCGUUCUAACAGAAUCUAGUCACUAAGAACUAACAGGACUACCAAUACGAACUGACAAAUGCUACCAAUAUGACCUGUGACAAAGCUGCAUAGUUAUUAAGUGGGAAGGGAACUUUUGAUAUUAUUUAUCCUUGUAACAGUAUAGAUGAUGGUUAUUUAUUCUAUUUAUAAGGAAUUAUGUAUUUUUUUUCAAUAAAGAUUUAUUUAUGUGGCU